AUGCUCUCCAAGAUGCAGCUCGCCCAGCUGGCCGCCUUCGCCAUGACCCUGGCCACCUCCGAGGCCGCCUACCAGGGUUUCAACUACGGCAACAAGUUCUCCGAUGAGAGCUCCAAGUUCCAGGCCGACUUCGAGGCCGAGUUCAAGGCCGCCAAGAACCUCGUCGGCACCUCCGGCUUCACCUCCGCCCGUCUCUACACCAUGAUCCAAGCCUACUCCACCAGCGAUGUCAUCGAGGCCAUCCCCGCCGCCAUUGCCCAGGAUACUUCCCUUUUGCUCGGUCUCUGGGCCUCCGGUGGUGGCAUGGACAACGAGAUCACCGCCCUGAAGACCGCCAUCUCUCAGUACGGUGAGGAGCUCGGCAAGCUCGUCGUCGGUAUCUCCGUCGGCAGUGAGGAUCUCUACCGCAACUCCGUCGAGGGUGCCGAGGCCGAUGCCGGUGUUGGUGUCAACCCCGACGAGCUCGUCGAGUACAUCAAGGAGGUCCGCUCCGUCAUCGCCGGCACCGCCCUCGCCGACGUCUCCAUCGGUCACGUCGACACCUGGGACUCCUGGACCAACAGCUCCAACUCGGCCGUCGUCGAGGCCGUCGACUGGCUGGGCUUUGACGGCUACCCCUUCUUCCAGAGCUCCAUGGCCAACUCCAUCGACAACGCCAAGACCCUCUUCGAGGAGUCGGUCGCCAAGACCAAGGCGGUUGCCGGUGACAAGGAGGUCUGGAUCACUGAGACUGGUUGGCCCGUCAGCGGUGACUCCCAAGGUGACGCCGUCGCCUCCAUCGCCAAUGCUAAGACUUUCUGGGAUGAGGUUGGCUGCCCUCUCUUCGGCAACGUGAACACCUGGUGGUACAUCCUGCAGGAUGCCUCCCCCACCACCCCCAACCCCAGCUUCGGUAUCGUCGGCAGCACUCUCUCCACCACUCCCCUGUUCGACCUGUCCUGCAAGAACUCCACCACCUCCUCCUCGUCCGCCGUUGUUUCUGCCGCUGCUUCUUCCGCCGCCGGUAGCAAGGCCGUUGGUUCUUCCCAGGCCUCUUCUGGUGCCGCUGCCUGGGCCACCUCCGCCUCCGGCUCUGCUAAGCCCACCUUCACCGUUGGCCGCCCCGGUGUGAACGGCACUGUCUUCGGUAACGGCACCUACCCCCUCCGCCCCAGCGGUUCCGCCUCUGCUCGUCCCUCCGCCGGUGCCAUCUCCAGCGGCUCGGGCUCCAGCUCCAGCGGUUCGGGCAGCUCUGGUAGCACCGGCACCUCGGCCACCUCCGGCCAGUCCUCCUCUUCCGGCAGCUCUGCGGCCGCUGGCUCUUCCUCCCCCGCUGCCUUCAGCGGUGCCAGCACCCUCUCCGGCUCCCUCUUCGGUGCCGUGGUGGCCGUCUUCAUGACCCUGGCUGCUUUGUAA